AUGUCGAAAGGAACUAGGAUGGCUUUAGUUAUGAAUCUCUUAUCUCUUUUAUCCUUUGGAGUCUUAGUUCAUUCCGAUCAAAGUACCAUGCCUCUCAGAUCCUUCAAGAUAGGUGAAAAUGUAACAUAUGAUUGCAUAGAUAUUAAUAUGCAAUCAGGACUUGAUCAUCCCUUACUCAAAAACCAUACAAUCCAGAUGAAACCAUCAGUUUCAAGGACUAAAUCAAAAAGUCAAAUUGGCAUAAACCACGUACAAAAACAGACAAUACCAUGUCCAGAUGGGACCAUUCCUGUAUGGAGAAAUACAAAAGAAUUCAUCACCAAUGCUCAAGUUUUGGCCGAGAAGCAUAUUGCUGGAGUAAGGUCACACAAUGGUCCAUAUCAUGGUGUAGAAGCUUGGUUUGAUGUAUUACAACUAGACAUCGCAAAAGAUCAAGCCUCGUAUAGUCAAAUAUAUAUAGGCAGUGGAUCAAACAAACAGGUCAAUUAUAUCUCAGCGGGUUGGAUGAUAAAUCCAAGUUUUUUUGGCGACGUACGUACUUGGACAUAUGGAUUUUGGAAGGGUAAAGAUGGAAAGGGAUGUUACAAUACUGCGUGUUCAGGGUUUGUUCAUGUAUCACAGACAAUUCCCAUUGUUCAACCCGUUCAUAUUCCUGUUGGAUCAACUGUCUCGUUGCAAUACUCCAUCCAUCAGGACAAAAAUACAGGAAACUGGUGGCUUACAGAAGUAGGGUUAGGCGACAUUGGAUAUUGGCCAAAAGAGCUAUUUAACCUUUUAGACAAUGGUGCAAUUAUGGUCGGAGCUAGUGGUACUGUUCAGGCUUCGCGUUAUGGUUCAAGCCCUCCCAUGGGUAAUGGUCAAUUUCCGAGGGCAAAUCAACCUACAAAAUCAGCAGUGUUCACAAACAUAGAGGUUUUGGAUUCCAACUAUGAGCAACAUAAAAUGAAUUAUGUUCCUACAGAAUGGAUGAUGUCUUAUUUAACUGUUAAACCUUUGUAA